AUGUCUGAUACCCUACCAAUAUCUGAUACACUACCAAUAUCGUGUAUCUCUUGUAGGAGAAGAAAAAUCAAAUGCAAUAAGAAGAAGCCUUGUGAUCAGUGUGUCAAGAGACAAGUAGAAUGUGAGUUUCCUGCAACUUUUAGGAAUAUCAAAUUUGCAGAUGCUGACCUAAAUGAGACAAAUAUUGAAAAGGAGCCAAGCAUAUAUCAAGAAAGGGAAUAUUUGCUACAGCAGCAGCAGCGGCUGCUGCUGCUGCAGGAGGAAGAAGAAGAGGUGCAACAACAACAACAACAGCAGCAACAACAGCAGCAACAACAGCAGCAACAGCAACAACAGCAACAACAACAGCAGCAACAGCAACAACAGCAACAACAACAGCAAACGCUACUUCAACUUCCACAGCAGCAGCAGCAGCAGCUACCACAACUCUCACAACUUGUGCAACAACAGCAACAUGAGCAACAGCAACAGCAUCAGCAUCAGCAUCAGCAUCAGCAUCAGCAUCAGCAUCAGCAACAGCAACAUCAUCAACAUUGCUUGCACUUAGCAAACCAGCCGGUACCGGAAUUACUACCACGACAGUAUUUUUCACAUCAACAGCAACUACAGCAACAGCUGUAUUUACCAAUGCCGAUGCCUCUGCCAAUGCAUCAGUUUGAACAACAGCAACUUCAGCAUAGUCUGAAUCAACUACAACAACAACAAAAGGAACUACACGUACAACAGCUCCGCAGUCAACAACUUCAACAGACGCUUCAACUGUAUACUAUAAAUCAAAGCCACAUGCGUGGCAAUUUGCGAUUACCUUCUCAUCCAACAAAUCAAGAUAAUAAUUCCGAGAGUGUCCAUACUAAUAAUGAGUCCAGCGCCAGCUCAACUUCGAAUUCAGUAACAACAGUUCAUACAGAGAGAAAUUCAAUUUCAACAAGUGGAACAUCUGAUUUGGAGAAUAGGAUUAAAAUGUUGGGAGAUAGUACAGAAUCAUCUUCUGAAUCUAAACUGGAUUCAAGUACAAAUAACACUUUUUUAUCAAAAAAUAGUACAAAGUCAACACUAAAUACAGCAGGACUUAGCUUGAGUCUGGGUCUGGGUCUGAGUUUGGGUCUGGGUCUGGGUCUGGGUCUGGGUCUGGCAAUGCUACUGUUACACCCCACUCCUUCACUUGUUAGUAGAAAUACCAGCAACGAUCAAAAUGAGUACGUUACAUUAAAGGAAGAUUUUGACAUGAUGAGAGCUGCUAAUUCGCAAUUGUUAAGUCAGAAUAAGGAAUUGAACAAAAGAUUGGAAGAGCUUUUGAAUAAAUUUUCAAUAUCUGAUAACGAUAGUCCUGAUUCAAAAGUAACAGCAUCGAACAAUGGUAAUCCUAGCAGUAGCAGUAUUGCUAAUAAGCGAGAUAGACAAUCAGAUUCGUCAUCGGAUGAUUUGCCUUACAAGAAGGAAAAGGUUGGUUUUUUUGGUCAUUCGAAAGCUAGCUUUCCUAAUGAUUCAGCUAGUGCCAACAAAGGAAUGUACUCCAUAAACGUAUCGGAACCCCUAUCUAGUCAUCGAGGCAAGGAGUUUUUCAACGCUUCAUCAGGCGGAAGUAGUAGCGAUGAAGUUGGUGAACAACCUGUACCAUCCGAAGCACAGUCUCUUUCAAGAGAAUCCAAGAAUACACCCCAGCAAAGGAAAAUGCACAAGUUGAAACAGCGUAAUAGCUCUAAGUCGUUAUCUCAUGGUGAGAGUAGUACCAAUGAUUGGGAAAAGGAUAUCGAUACAUAUCAAACACAGGAGUCUGUAAAGUCCAAUAGUAUGGCUGAAAGACGAAGCAAGAAGAAAAGAAUACCCAUAUUGCUUUCAUAUCUAUUGAAAUAUGAUGAUCCCGAUGUAAGUGCCGACUCAGAAACGUAUCAAGAUGUUUUCAAGUUGAAUUUCGAAGUUGUCAUCAUUUUAGUCCAGAGAUUUUUUGAGCGAAAUCCGUAUUACAGAUCAUUUAUUUCUGGUCGUCAAGUAUUUGAAUUCUUGAAAAACUAUGAACUGAUAAGUGAUAGAGAUUGGGAUAACGAUGAUGAUUUAUUACUAGUUUAUAUGAUAUUAAGCCUAUCUAUUCAGAGAUUGAGUCCCAAGGAUUUUGUUGAAUUGAAUUUGUUACCUGCUGGUUCUAUUAGUACUUGCACAAAGUAUAGAAAAUUUUUGACUAGGAAUAUUUUGCACAAGAAUUUUGAGAAAUUAAGAAGGGGAUUGAUCAAUGAGUCAUUGAUGACGAUACAAUCUUAUAUCUUAUGCAUUGAAUGGUAUUUUUUGGAACAAAAGUAUGAGCAGUGCUGGGCAAUGAUGUUUCAUGCUUGUUCAAUUUCAUUUUCUAUUGGAUUGCAUAUCAUGGGCAAUCAUAAGUUGCAAAAUGUCAAUUCACAGAAACAACAACUUACCAAUUUGAUAAGUGCCACUGCUGAGGAUUCAGAUGUGAGCGAUAAAAAGGAAAUCUUUUCCGGGUCAGAAGAAGACGAUAAAAUGCCCGAUACGACUCUGGAUAUCAGCCGUUAUAGGCUAUGGUUUGCCUUGAAAUUUUAUGUUUCUGUUGUUUGUUCAAUAUUUGGUAGACCAAAUCCAAUCUCAAUACAAGUUGGAAUGGAAGGCUCGACUAGCGGAUUGGGCAGUGUGAUUUUGAAUAAACACGUAUAUAUCUUAUUGAAGAUUGGAGUUUCCGAGUUGUUAAAAUUGUCCAAUUUGAUGUUGAUUGAGAAUUUCAUGCUCGAUUUCGAAAUAUCUGAUCUACUCGAUAUGUCUAAGAAGUUUAAUAGUGAAAUUGAUCUUCUCCAAGCUGCUUACAACGAGGAAGUCACCAAGACGACGACGAUGACGACAUCUGGCAAUGAAGAGGAAGACAAAAAAUCACCCGCUUAUAGUAGUGAAGGAGACACUCUAACUCAUGACGAUUAUACGGGGCAAGCAUCCAAAAUAUCUAGCUUGGAGUUGUUGUCAGAUAUAAUUGUGCUAUACAUCAACAAUGCCAAAUUGCACGAACCAUUUAUUAGCAAAUUUGAAAAUGUUGAUGGAUAUGAUCAGAUUAUUCGAAAUCAAAUUGAUUCAGUUUCCAAAUUUUUGACAUUAUUAAACAACUUCAUUGAGACAUUUUUGAAACAAUAUAUUAGUGUUAACUUGAGAGAUGUUGGUUGCACAAGUGGAGGUGGUACAAAUAAUAGUGGCGUUAUUUUAGGUGAAGAGGAUUCAAAGAGCACAGAUAAUGGUGGUAAUCAAGAAGUUUUAAAUUUUGGUCCUGUUAAAUUUGGUAAAUUGUUCAAGACGUAUUUCCCAUUUGUCAAUUCAUUUUUAUGCCAAGGUGUAAUUGUUGUUUUUACUUUACUUCAUUACAAGUCAAAGGAUUUUGUUGCCAAUGACUCGAACUCACCACUCAAUAAUGAAUUUUUAUCCUUGAUUGAGACUAAUUUAAAUUCCUUAUUAAAGUUUGAACAGAGAUUAUCAACCAAAUACAUUACAACAUCUAGAAUGUGGUCGUCCAAUAUGGUGUACUUGAUCAAUCGCGUAUUGAAUCUCAUUAAACUAAUUUAUGAAAAACAAGAAGAUGACUUGGUUCUAGACGAGUUGAGGAAACAGAAAUCAUCAACAGCUGUUGAUGAUAGUAAAUCCUCUUCAUCUUCCAAAUCUAAUAAUUAUUCAUCACCAGAUAAUUUUUCUCAAUCUAACCUUCCAAUUACAACAGCAAGGGGUAAUUUAUCGUAUUUGCUCAAUACAAACCCAUUUGGAGAUCCAUCACAGUUUGAAUAUCUCAAUGGAUUUCAUUUAAAUGAUCCAUUUUGGUUGACAGUUUCUGAUAAUUUACCAUACUACAUGGGAUCUCCGCCACCUGAUGAUCUUAAUAAGCAGCAACAACAACAAAAGUAUAUUGCUGGGUUUAAAUUUAAUCCACAAUCACUGCUGAUGAAAAAUGAUGCUUGUAGCACGUCUAGUGGUAGAGAUAGUGAAGAGGAAGGAGGCGUUGAAAAAGAUGGGGAAGGUGAUGACAGCAAUGGAGGUGGAGGAGGAGGAGGUGGUGAUGGUGGUGGUGGUGGUGGUAAUAGCGAUAGUGGUAAUGACACUUCCCGCAACGACCAAUCAAACUCAGUCCUUGGUGUACCAGUAGUUUCUAGCCAUGCGUCAAUGCAAUCACAACCAGCACCUGAUAUGUUUGGCUUGAAAGCAAAUUAUUCAAAUUGGAAUGAUAUAAAUGCAAUGAGACAGGUAAGUCCUUCUAAAUCAAGGAUCUCGAAUAUUGGUUCUAAUGUUGUGCUUGAUAAUGCUCGUAAGGGCAGAGGAGUUUUGCCACCACCUAUUCUAACACCUUCAGUAGUAAAUUCAAUACAACAAGGACAGAGGUCUCGUGAGCAACAGCAACAGCAACAGCAACAGCAACAGCAACAACAACAGCAACAACAACAACGUCAGCAACAGCAGUCCUUGCCGUCAUUGCUUCUGUUUCAACUGCAACAGCAACCACAAUUGGCUCAAUCGUCGAGUUUCAUGAGUAGUGGAUAUUUGUUUCCUCAACAAACUGGGUACAAUCUUAAUGAAUAUCAGAAUAAUAGUGGUAAUUUUUCUAGUAACAUCAGUAAUAAUCAGCAACAGCAGCAACAGCAGCAACAGCAACAGCAACAGCAAAGGUAG